AUGGAUUGGUUUGAAAGAGAAAAAUCUCGAGGGCCGAGGUGCGGUGGGAGGGGGAAGGAGGAGAUGAUGGAUGACGGCUUUCGAGGUGACCGAAAAAGGUUUGUGGCGAGAACAACGCACGGGCUCGACUGGGCGGCCACGGGUGGUUCUGGAUGGGGAUUGCAGUUUUACACCGUAAAAAUUGUCGGGCUGGAGCGGGCUUCGGGGGGGCCGCUGGUCCAGUCACAGGCCCCGGAACUCAUGCACCGCGUGUGCCGGUGGAUUUAA